AAAUGGGGGAAGCAGUGUACCUUCAUCACUCGUAUCUCAAUGAAACAGAAGUGGAUUACUUUCGUCAAUGCCUAGAAAUAUCUCUCAGGGAGAAUGGAAUUCUUAGGAGUGAUGAUCAUUUGGCAGAUACUCAGAAAGUUCAGGCAGGAGCUGGGAAGAUACCUCUUUGGCAGAAGACAAGGACUGUAUCUCUCUCUGGGAGUGUCAGUGUUGAAGUUCCCAUCUUUGUGCACAAAAUUUGCUCAAAACUUCAUGAACAUCUGCAGACAGAAGGCCUGUUCAGGAAAGAUGGUAGCAAACCUAGACAAAAGAAAUUGAAGGAAUAUAUGAUGGAGAUGGAGAUUGAAGAAUGGGACUUACCAGAUGCUGUGAUCCCAUUGGGGAAGAAAUGCCAGGAGCGAGUCAGUCCACAUGAUCUUGUUGGUCUUCUCAAGGAUUUCUUCAAGGAGCUCCCAAAAUCCCUCAUUCCACCUCCACAUCUGGCCUGUCUUCUUAGGACUGCAAGCUUGAGGAAUAAGUCCAAAACAGAUGAGGAUGUCCUAGACUUGAUUCUCCAAGUGUGUCUCCUACUACCUCCACUUCACCUUGACCUCCUUGUUUACAUAUGCAAGGGACUGGGGCUCAUGCAACGUGGAGAGGAGGCUGGAGUCUCCUUUUGCAGGGUAGUACAUCAGGUGGUAGUGGUGACCUGCAGGAGUCUUGCAGAGGUGGCAGAUGCA